UCUAAUUGAAUGUCUUCAACAGUAUAACGUAAUGACAGAAUGCUUCAAGUCAAUGUUGCUUAGCUGUUCUACUACAUUUUUUUUGCAUCAUCUGGAUUCAGUUAAAUGCGCACUCUCCUUCCAGCCAUUAGUCAAUUGCUGCUGCAUCAUCAUCAUCAUCUCAAGGUCACAGGUACGACUGGUGCCUGAGUGAACACUUGAGAACUAGGAUGUGGUGGUUUGCUGCAAUAGCAUGUCUAAUACAAGCAACUGUAAACUCCGAAAAACUCACAAGAGGUGGAAAAUAUGGGAAUCCUGAAGUUCAUAUGAAUGUCAGUCAGGUGAUUUCCUUCCAAGGAUACCCCAGUGAGGAGUAUGAAGUCUUGACAGCUGAUGGCUAUUAUCUGACAAUAAACAGAAUUCCCUAUGGAAGAAAAAAUCUUACAUUUGGAGGCCCAAAGCCUGCAGUGCUACUCCAACAUGGAAUAUUUGCUGAAGGUAGCUAUUGGGUUGAAAAUAUGGCAGACAACAGCUUUGGUUUCAUGUUGGCAGAUGCUGGCUAUGAUGUUUGGCUAGCAAACAGCAGAGGAUCAAGCUGGUCUCAGAAACACAAGAAUUUCUCAACUGACCAAGAGGAAUACUGGAACUUCAGUUUCCAUGAAAUGGCCAUGUAUGACCUUCCAGCAAUGAUAAACUUUAUUCUACAGAAAACUCAGCAGAAUCAACUGUACUAUGUUGGCAAUUCUCAGGGUUGUGCUAUUGGUUUCAUAGCCUUUUCUGCCAUGCCAGAGCUAUCUCGAAAAAUCAAAAUGUUUUUUGCCUUAGCACCAGUGAUUAAUAUUAAGCAUGCUCCAAGCCCUUUAUUGAAGCUAUUACUCUCCUUUCCCGAAAACUCCAUCAAGGGCAUAUUUGGCAACAAAAACAUGAUCAUUUUGAAGAGGCCAAUGAGAAAUUUGAUCAUCAAGUUAUGCAAGAACCCAUUCAUGAAGAACAUAUAUGCCCGUCUGAUGUUUUCUCCAGGUGGAUUCAAUGCUACAAAUCUCAAUAUGAGUCGAAUAGAUGUAUAUGCAGCUCGAUUUCCGGAUAAUAACCCAGUAAAAAAUGUUAUACACUGGCAACAGGUGGGAAAAUCAGGCAUAUUCAGAUACUUUGACUAUGGGAGUGAGAAUCAAGCAAAAUAUAACCAGACUGAUCCUCCUUUAUAUAAAGUGGAAGACAUGAUGGUGCCAACUGCGGUAUGGUCAGGAGGAAAUGACUUGGUGGCAGACCCAGAAAAUAUUAAGCUUUUACUUUCUCGGAUUAAGAACCUUGCUUACCAUCAUAUUGUUACUGAUUGGAACCAUUGGGAUUUCAUCUGGGGUCUCAAUGCUCCCCAGCGCAUGUACUCUAAAAUCAUUGACUUUAUGAGAAAGACUUUAUAAAAGUAUUUUGACACAACAGAUUUUAUUCCUGCUUUGCUUCUUGUUAUUUUACUUUAAUCACCACAUCCCAAGGAAGUAGACUAGGCUAAUAUAGGCAUCUUAGUACCACCUUAUUGAAUGCAAGAGUGUUGACCUUUUUAAAGAAAACACUAUGUGCAGUGUUAAUAUGCUGAUUAUUUCUUCAUGUGUUUAUGCCCUGCAUUUCCAUAUUAGAGACCUCCAAGGCUGCUAAUAACAAUGUAAUAGCUGUUAUCAAGAAAUUUAACAAAAAGAAAUUGAAAACUAAAUAAUGCAAGAAAUCCACAGGUACAAUCAACAAUCAAGAGAAUUUCUGGUCAUAACACAAAUAUAUUUCCUGCAGAGGUUUUGGGGAACAAUGUUAUAGAGACAGGGGGUAUGAGCUUUAAGGACUAUUAGGAAAACAGUAAGUGAAAACCACAAAAAACCCUGUUUCAUGACCCAUCAGCAAGUAGACUGAGAAUCUUCAAAGGCUUUGGUUGAACAAACAGAAGUAUUGCACAAAGUAAUUUUGGAAGGGGGCAGGAUGGGGGUCAACCUAGAGGCUCUGGAGCUUCCCUUGACCUGCACAUAGUUCAGUGGUAUCUUUAAAAUUCACUUUGUAAAGCUGUUUGCUUUGUUUUGCUUGUGUUAUAAUUAAUGUCCCUGGCUGGGACAAAAUAUAUCAUGUUCUGCACAUUUUUAAUUGUGCCCAUUUAGAAUUCUUAAUAAAGAGCACUUUUUAAAAAAUGAUGAUAGUGCUCAUAAUUCACAGAUCAAAGACUGCUUAAGAGGGAAGGGUUCACCAGUCCCUAGCUAUAACUCUUUAAUCAGGAAGAGAUUCAUAGUUUGCAUGAGUAGUUGUAUUAAUAUUCAUGAGAAAAUUGUAUGCAUUCCUGUAUGUUCCAUUACCUCAGAUACCAAUAAACAUAUUGUUAUUAAAUA